GGGAGUUGCGCUGCGCCGUUACGGAGACGUUGCCCGUUUGAAUUUCAAUUGAUACCAAUGGGAAAUCUAUUUAUUUAUUUAUUUAACGAGUGAUUGAAAUAAAGUACAGUUGAUACAGUAUUAAUACAGUUCUAAUAAAGUUCUGGAUUUUCAGUGAUUUUACAUACAAACGUUUCGUCUGCUCGACCAUUCCUCAUCAUUUAUUUUGAAACAGAAUUAUGAGUGAUAAAUGCGCGCGACCGUAAUAAUUUUUUGAAAUAGAUAUGAUUUAGUGACAAAUGUAAAAUAUAGAAGAGACAUUUUAGAAAAAAUAAACUUUAUAGUUUUCAAAGUGCGAAAGGAUUUUGAACUCGUGUCUCCGUUAUUUUUGAAUUUUUAGAAAAUGGAUUCGACCUUGGAAAAAUGCCCGGUGAAAGAAGAGGAACCAGUCAAGCAACCAAGUGCAAUUUUCGGCUAUCGGCACCUGCAGGCCUUCCUGCUCUUUUUGUUCCUGACCGUUGCCUACAUGAUGAGGGUCAAUAUGUCCGUGGCGGUCGUCGCCAUGCAAAAUGCGACGGCGGUCAACCCCGAUUUUGAUGAUUUCCCAGAUUGGACAGAAACCCCUCGUUCCUUAAUCCUGUCUUCCUUCUUCUGGGGCUACGUGGUCACACAAAUACCAGCUGGUCAACUCGGUAGAAAAUAUGGUCCACGUGUUCUCAUUCUAAUAUCAAUGGUCGUUUGUAGUUUAUUUACCAUAUUGACACCUAUUGGGGCCAGAUUGGGAGGAUGGGAAACAGUGUGUGCACUGAGGGUGAUUCAAGGACUGGCGCAGGGUUUCUUCUUCCCGUCUUGUCAUGCACUUUUGGCUCAAUGGGCACCACCUGCAGAACGUGGACGAUUGGCAACCUAUGCUUAUGGUGGUUCUCAGUUUGGAACGGUAUUAGCAAUGCCUCUCUCAGGUCUCUUGGCAAAUAGUUCUUUAGGAUGGCCCUCAAUCUUUUACGUAAUUGGAGGAUUGGGCAUUCUUUGGUCGGUGCUCUGGUUCUUCCUAGGUGCCAACGCUCCAGCAGUCUGCAAGAAGAUUUCCGAAGAAGAAAAGGCUUAUAUCCAAAGUUCUCUUGGACAAACUCUGGGAGACAAUGAUAAGGAAAAGAUGCCCACUCCAUGGGGUAAGAUCUGGGGAAGUUUGCCCAUGUGGUCUUUGCUGGUUGCCCAUUGUGGACACAAUUGGGGAUUCUGGACUUUGCUCACAGAAAUGCCCACGUACAUGAAUGAUAUUUUACUAUUCGACUUAAAAUCGAAUUCCUUGCUGUCAGCUCUUCCAUAUCUGAUGAUGUUCAUUUUAGGAUUAGUCUUCAGUUCUAUUUCUGAUCUGGUAAUCAAGAGACAAAUAUUAAAAAUUGGAACAGCCAGAAAAUUAUUUAAUACAAUUGGUUUAUGGACACCAGCUGUAUUGUUAAUUGGAGUGGGUUAUGUCCCUCAAGAUCAGUCCGGAGUCGCUGUUGCUCUUCUUACUGCAGCAGUCGGAAUCAACUCCGGAAUUUAUUCCGGAUUCCAGGUGAAUCAUAUUGAUUUGUCGCCCAAUCACGCUGGUACGAUGAUGGGCAUCACAAAUGGGGCUGCAAAUAUUAUUUCCAUUAUUGCCCCCUUAAUUGUUGGCCAAAUUGCCACAGACGGACAUUCCAUUGAGCAGUGGCGUACGGUGUUUUUCAUAUCUUCCGGCAUUUAUUUUGUUGGAAAUUUGUUCUUUUUACUUUUCGGUUCUGCAGAAUUGCAACCGUGGAAUGAACCGGAACAAAAAAGAGACUCAGAAAUCUCAAAGACAAGUGAAAAUCACACCGCGCCUUCUCUGAGGUAUUGA